UGUUUUGGGACUUGUCAGGCAUUGAUUGGUUAACAUCAGCUGUAAGUUUUGAACGUGCUGCUCAUCUUUUCAGUCAGAAAGAUGGAUUUAAUUCAAGCUGUUCGUUUUUUCGUCAAGUCUGUGUUGCUGUUCUUUUUGUGUUCGGCCUGCGAUGGAAAAGAGUCGACGUUAAAUUAUGUCACCUGCGGUUCACUGGUCAAACUGCUGAACACCAGACACAACGUCCGCCUUCACUCACACGACGUCAAGUACGGCUCAGGUAGCGGGCAGCAGUCUGUGACCGGAGUGGAGAACGCUGAUGACGGCAACAGUUACUGGCAGAUUCGCGGGAAGCCCAAUCACCCAUGCAACCGCGGGAUGGCCAUAAAGUGCGGUCAGGCCAUCCGCAUCACACACAUGAAGACGGGACGGAACCUCCACAGUCACCACUUCAGCUCCCCGCUGUCAAAUAACCAGGAGGUCAGCGCCUUCGGUGAGAACGGCGAGGGCGACGACCUGGACGUGUGGUUAGUGCAAUGUGAGGGCAUUCACUGGGAGCGCGACGAGGCUGUACGCUUCAAACACGAGGGCACCGGCGUCUUCCUCAGUGUGACGGGAGAGCAGUAUGGUCACCCCAUUCGUGGCCAGCGCGAGGUGCACGGCAUGAGCUCGCCCAACCAACACAACUGGUGGCGCAGCAUGGAGGGCGUGUUCAUCCAACCCAGCCAGGAGCCGCUGCGCCACGAUGAACUCUGACAUUAUUAAAACAAACAAAAAAAAAAAGAUUUGUACACA